AAAAAGAAAUCAAUGAGCGUGCCGAUAGUCAUCGCGGUCAAUCGCCAUGCCGACGAUUCCGAAAAUGCAAUGAAAAUGCAGAGCGUGAUGCCACACCGCCGGCGACUAUAAUAAGGUUUUUGCAGUGUCAUUUUGAUGUUUAGUUAUGCAAAAUCGCUCCGAAACCCUCCGUCGUCAAUUGAGAGGCCAUUUUUAAAGUGCCCUGUUCAUUAUAAGACGCGUCGCAGCUCACGGAAUGGAGUUGAACAUCUGGAAAGGUGACUGGGGCCUCCCGAGCAUCGAUACUGCGUGUCUCGAAGCGCUGGCAUACGCAAAGUUUUCCGGGGCACCUCUGAUAGUCAACGAGGUCAGAAGACCGUGGUUUGCAACACUACCCGUAAUGAGGCACGGCCCGUCCACGAGGAUUACAAAAUUUGAAGACAUGGUGUCUCAUUUUAGAAAACAAAAUUACAGCGCGGACAUUCAGCUUACCGCUCAGCAAUCGUCUGACGUCAGGGCAUACACAGCCAUGCUGAGGCAGAAGCUGAAACCUGCAUUGCUGUACCUGUGGUGGGUGGAUGCCAAGAACUACGUGGAGCUGACGCGGCCCUGGUACGCCAGGGCUCUCGCGUUUCCCCUCAACUACGUUCUGCCAGGGCAGAUGCAGAGGGACGCCAUGGCCGCCCUUCAGUGCAAGCUGGAACUCCUGGACCUGGAGGGGAAACAGGCUGAGACAGCGUUGCUGAAGGAGGCACAGGAGUGCCUGACAACGCUCUCGCAACGGCUAGGGAAGGAUACCUUUUUCUUCGGCAAGCGACCGACGUCGCUGGAUGCCGUGGUGUUUGCGCACCUUGCUCCUCUCCUGAAGGCCCCCUUCCCCAAUGCGGCCCUACAGAACCACCUGAAGGCCUGCGAAAACUUGGCAGCGUUUGUGGGUCGCAUACUGCAGCAGUACUUCCCGCCUGCCAGCGCAGAUUCCGAAAAAGGGGACCGACCUGGUGGGGGCUCGCCAGGCUCUUCAGACACAGACUUCAACUUCUCCUGGCUCAACACGACUCUUUCCGUCGCAUUUGCAGCAGGAGCGAUGUUGAUCUAUGCGGUCACGUCGGGACUAAUACAGAUUGAGUAUCAAGAGGCCGAGAAGGAAGCACAAGACGAAGAUUAAAGCUCGGAAGUACACGCUGUAAAUUUCUUUCUUUCUUUACACAGGUUUUGGCUUUUGUACGAUAUAGUAGUUCACUGUGCAAUGAGGGUGAUAGACGCUUGUAGAUAAAAGAAUGGUUGUAACUCUU